GCAUACUAUUGGUCUCCUUAACUGUUUGACACCUCCUCUCGCACGGCAUUUCUUGUAAACGUACACUAUUGUCGUACAUCUGCGAGUGUUUUAGGUUCUCUUUCGCUUUCCUUCUAGACCUACUCAAAUAUAAGGAAACAAACAACAUACUGAAUACGCGCUCUCAAAGCGCAAACACGGUAAAAACAAACUGUCUGUGGACUUCAUACAGGUGACCCUACUCUUUCAAAGAAGAAUGAUGGCCGUUUUAUCGCGUGUUUCUCUGGUGUCAUUGUUUUAUAUCGUCUGCGUCAGAACAGUGUUGGCAGAGAAGGUCCCAGCCCCCGAGAAUGUGAGAGUGAUAUCUCUAAACAUGGGAUUAGUUUUGAAAUGGGAUCCACCACAAAGCACCACGAAUGAACUCUUCAACUACACUGCUGAAAUGAAAGGAUGGCAUGAGUAUGAGACAGUAUGUCUAAGCAGUUCAUCACUAAGCUGUGAUUUCACUGAUAAAGUUUCCAUUUUUGGAACUUACAAACUUCGUGUUCGGGCAGAACUACUUGGAGAGACAUCUGAUUGGGUGGAAACUGAAGACUUAUUAGUGGAUAUAAAAACUGAUAUUAGUGCUCCUCAUGUAGAACUGAGAAGCAGAAAAGGACAAACAGAAGUUGAUAUCACUGAUCCUCCUAUGAAAAAAAGGAAUUUGAGGGAUGUCUUUGGGAAUAUUUCUUAUCUCAUCCGUUUCUGGAAAAAUGGAGAAACAAAAAAGGAAGAACUAAUAAGGGAGCAGAACAGAGUUAUGUUACCAAGACUGGAGCCUCUCGUAAACUACUGUGUUGAAGUAGAGAUUUUGUAUUUAAACAAGAAAAGUCAGACCAGCAACAUGACCUGUUUGAACAACACGCCCAGCGAUGAAGUAGAGCCCUAUAUGAUAAUAGUUGUGCUCGUGGUCAGUUUUCUGGUGGUGUUAGUCGCUGUUGUCAUGAUCUUUCUGGCUGUGUGGUAUGGCUACAAAGGAUGCAGAAUUAUGUUCCCUGAUACUGACCUGCCAGAGGACCUAAAAAAGUUUUUGUCACAACGGUCCCAGUCUUCAAUACUUUCAGCCAUGCGGGAGAACACGCCGGUGAAGGAGCACUUUUGUGAGCUGAGGAUAUUGCACAAAGAGCCAAACAGCUCUCAGGACAAUCAACAGAUAUAAGGACUGGUCGGGAUUCAGGCACAUAAGAAUGAGUGUUUUAUAGGAGCAGAUGUAAAACAGAACAGUGACGAGAAAACUGAAAUUAUAACAGAACAGAAGCCUUUGCUCACUGAAAUGAGACUGUAGUAAUACCUGUAAUAUAAUCAGUGGUUACUGUUUAUUUUGCCAACUUUUGCCAAAAAAACACAAAACAAAACAUGGACAAGCUACCAUCGUUAAGACAUGUCAGCUGUGUUGUAGCUAUGGCUAGGCUGACAAUCUUCAUUUUGAUGAACUAAUAUAGAUUCUUAAAUCCCAAGAAUCUCUCUUUUAAUAUAUACUGUUUUGUAGUUGAUGCAUGAACAAAAACUUCACUAAACAUUAUUUAUAGUGACCACCCAUUUUAUCUAAUAAUUAUAAUUAUCUUACCACCCAGUAAUCACAAAAAGCUUUGUUACAAUUAAAUUAAUAAAUGUCAUAUUAACACUCUCAUUUUCCCAGCUAAUGUAAACUGAUCAUCUUUCUCUUUACUAGCCUACUAGUUAUCAGAAUCAGAAUCAGAAUUAGCUUUAUUCGCCAGGUGUGCGCAAACAUUUGUUGUGGUUUUUUAAGGUGCUCCUAGUACAUACAUGCAUACAUAUCUGACAUGAGAACAGAAAAAACAUUUAAAUAAAAACUUAAAAUAAAUAAUAAUGUGUACGAAUCUGGAACAGAAGAUUGAUGUACAGAUUUGUGCAUUAUUUACUCUAUUUACAGCUGUAUAAAUGAGAUGUGCAUAUGUAUUUACAUAAUAAUACCAGAGAAAGAGGCAAUAAAUAGAGAUGCAGAAAAAUUACAGAAAUGAAUUGCAGAACACAGGUAAUGAUUCAUGUUUCAGCAGUUUAAGCUGGAAAUCUUAGGCAUAAAAACAGGAAAACCUGUUUUUAUGCCUAAGAUGUACUACUGCUCAGGGAUCUGUAGCAUCUGCCCGAGGGGAGAAGUGCAAACAGGUUGUGUCCGGGGUGAGAGGGGUCUUUGAUGAUGUUUCCUGCCCGUUUCUUCACUCAGAAGUUGUACAAAUCCUGAAGGUUGGGCAGGUGCACACCAAUGAUCCUUUCUGUUGUCCUAGUCCGUUGCAGUCUUCUUAUAUCUGAUUUGCUGGCUGCCCCAAACCAGUUAUAGAAGAGCAACAAACUGACUCAAUAACAGCUGAAUAAAACUGUCAUCAGUG